AUGAGCGCCCAGAACAAAAACAAAGAGUACGAUCCCUCCGUCUUCAGCCAGGACACCAUCGUCGGCUCCGACACGGCCUCCGCCAGCCCGCUCAUUCGCGACGCCGACAACAUCGGAGCUAGCUCCGGCGGCCUCCGCGGAACGCAGCCGCAGCCGUUCCCCACCGACAACUACCACUUCGUGUCGACGCGCGUGGUCAAGGAGAUCCCCAAGUCCGCGACGAAACCGCCGACGGACCCCCACUCGACGUUCGGCAAGCUGAAGAACAUGCUGAAGCCGCCCGUCGUCAAGGCCGUGGAGGCUCUGCCGAGCGCGGAGGGUAAGACUUACCACGUCGACGAGCAGGGGCGCAUCAUUGAGACGACGGUCAAGAGGGCAGCCGUGCAGAAGGGGCAUCUGUCAGCGGGAGGAGGUGGCGGCGGGGUAUGA